UUGCCACCCGCCACCACCUUCUCCUCACCCAGCCACUUCAAUCCCCUCAACGCCCCCGCCCCUAUUCACCACUCGAUCCCAGUCUUGCCCAGCAAACGUUAAGACAAUGGACAAAAGUCUCGACGAGAUCAUCUCGACCCGCCCGAAGGGCAUCCGCCGCUCUGCCCCCCGUCGUGGCGGAGCCAAGAUUGCAGUUCUGGGCAGCCCGACAGCCCCUGCUGCGCGUGCGCGCGCCGCCGCAAGUGGCGCGAAGGCUGGCCCCCCUACGUCCCAGCAGCCCGCAGACAAAAUCAUCGUCUCGAACCUCCCCACGGACGUCAACGAGACGCAAGUCAAGGAACUCUUCCACACGACGGUGGGCCCGCUGCGGACCGUGACGUUGCACUACGACGCGCAGGGCCGCUCGAAGGGCGUCGCUGCGGUGCACUUCCAGAAGCUUGGCGACGGCACGAAGGCGUUCCAGCAGUACAACAAUCGCUUGAUUGACGGAAAACGACCCAUGAAGAUCGAGAUCGUCGUCGACCCGUCGCGACCUGCUCCCCCGGCGUCCCUCGCUGCUCGCGUUGCUCCGGCUCCCGCUGCGGCACAAACCGACGGCGCUAGGGGCGGACGUCCCAGGCGCGCUCGCGGUACACCACGCCGCACCAAGAACGAGAGGCCGAACAAGAGUGUGGCGGAUCUCGACGCGGAGAUGGAGGAUUACACCGCCAGCAACGGCCCGGCUGCUUAGAUCGUCUGCUCGCAGUACUCCUGCUGAUGUGCCGUGUCCCGACUCUUCGCGGACUUUUUGUGUUCAAUGUACUAUGAUACGCCAGCUCUCCCCGGUCUGAAUGGUUGUAAAUACGUCCUCCUGACUCGCGCACCGCUCGUCCUUAUUGUCCUGUCCAAUAUACCUCUGCAUCGUUGUGCACGCAAA